AUGGAUGUUGACAAUGUGUCCGAAGUUCCCCAGUACAUACAAAUACUGCUGCGACAGAAAGCGGCUCUCAACGCCGCCAUGGCGCGUCGAGGCCAGCGCCCCAAGGAUAUGAAAUCUAGGCGGGAACUCAUCGAUCAGUUCAUGAUAGCGCGUGUCGUCCAGGAGAUGACCCAGUUUCGAACUGGAGGUUCUAUUCAGCUGCAUACGUCCUUUGUCCCUAUUCCAUACGAGCCAUCGAUCACACCUCUUGGGAAGUUGAAGCCUGUAUACAUCAAGGAUUUGAGACUAGAAACUCAUCACCGGGGCAAUUAUCUUCUGGUUCGGGUGUUGACGCCUCCGCAUAGAAUGACGGCCAUCAUGGCGAUUGUUGAGGAUGAGAAUGCAGGUGCGGUGCCCCUACAGAUCUAUCAACAGCCGGAUGAAAAGAUUCGUCCUGCCACAAGUGUUAUUAUGAAGAAUGAUGUUUUGCUCAUCAAGGAGCCUUAUCUCAAGACUACCAGUGAUGGGGGUUACGGCCUUCGGGUCGACCAUGUGAGCGAUCUAGUCUGUCUCGAUGCACACUGCGAUAUGUUACCCAACAGGUGGAAAUCUAGGCCGGUAAUCCUUGGUAAGACUGCCGAUGAUUGGAAGCAAGAAGGGAAUGAGGCGAUGGGGAAGAAAGACUAUUGGGCGGCUAUUCAAAGCUAUACCGCUGCGCUUGAAUGUCCUUCUUCUGCUCAAGUUACAAAAACAAUCCAUCUCAAUCGUGCAUUGGCACAUCUGAAGGACGCGAGCUUCGAUGCGGCUUUGACUGAUAGCCAAUGCAUGAUCUCCCUCUCGGAUGCGUCAGAAAAAGCACUGUAUCGAGCGGGUCAAGCCUUAUACGGGCUCGGACGAUUUUCUGAAUGCCGCGAUAUGUUUGAAAGUCUUUGCAAGAAGUAUCCCAAUAACUCCCUCGCUGACACAGAACUUAAGCGAGUUUGCUGCCGGUUAGCAGAGCAGCAAAGCGGCAUAUACGAUUUUGAGUCAAUCUACAAGGAGAUUUCAACAACCAGACCGCCGCAUCUGGACCAUGCAACAUUUGUCGGAUCAGUAGUCGUGAAGCCUUCCCCGGGCCGUGGUUUAGGAAUGUUUACCACCAAAGCUGUGGAGGCGGGAGAACUUCUUUUGUGUGAGAAGGCGUUCGCCCAUUGCUAUGCUGGAACUUCAGAGGACUCGGAGAUCAAUUCCAAGAUUACUCUUCUAAUGAAUGUGCAUACGAACAAAAUGACUAUGGGCACUCAAAGCGACCUCAUCACAAAUAUCGUACAAAAGCUUUGGAAAAACCCAUCCCUUUUACCAAAGUUUACCGAGCUCCAUCACGGAUCUUAUAAACCUACCGAAGUAGCUGAGGUUGAUGAAAAGCCAGUUGUUGAUACCUUUCUGAUUGAACACAUUAUUGCUCUCAAUUCCUUCGGCUGCCCUCUCUCUUCCCAUGAGAGCUACUUCACAAGCCCCAAAGAGGCUGACCAUAAGCACCAUUCCUGCGGCAUCUGGCUCAUGGCUUCAAAAAUCAAUCACUCAUGCCUCAGCAACGCUCACCGAAGCUUCCUCGGCGAUCUACAACUCGUGCGUGCGACAUGUGAUAUACCCACAGACACGGAAUUGACAUUCUGGUAUGCACUUACCACGGGGGAGAGCAAUGAAAUGAAAUAUUUGAAAAACUGGGGAUUUCAAUGCAAAUGUCCCAUCUGUCUUGAUUCAGAAGAAACAUCGAAAAGGCAGUUGAGAAGGAGAUCUAAGCUUCUCGAAGAAUUGAAAAUGACUCUUGACGCGAGCAAUAUCAACACGACCAAGGCCGAGCGUUUGUUGAUUGCCAUUGAUGGAACGUACAAACAUCCGGCGACCAGGGUCCCACGACUGGCCUUGCGAUAUCCAUAUCUCCAACUAGCCGGCGUUUACGCCAAGCGAAAAAUGGCGGAAAAAGUUGUAUCCAUGACACUGAAAGCGUUGAAAUGCCUGGGCUUCGUCAUCAAGGAUGCGUACCUGCCUGCCAUAUCCGGGAAACCUUUUGUGAUUGAAAAAUGGGGCUUAAUGAUGGAUGGGGUGAUGGAGGCAUGGAUUUAUCUCUGCGAUGCUUAUGCUGCUCUGGCACCACAAUUUCUCCAGCAAGCUGAGGACUGUGCGAAAUUGGCUUACAAGAUGUGUAUUGGAGAAGAUCACACAUUCAAAAAGACGUAUGAUGCAAAGGCUAGACAUGUAUGA